CUAGGGUUUAUUCACUAUUGUGCGUUCAUCUACGUAAGGCCGUCACUCUUUCUUCCUCGCAAAAACCACCGAUUUGCAGCGACGAUCGAGCUUCAACAAUGGCGCAACCUAAACCUCUAUCAACCAAAGAAGCCGAUGUACAGAUGAUGUUGUCCGCUGAAGUCCAUCUCGGCACCAAAAACUGUGAUUUUCAGAUGGAACGUUACGUCUUUAAGCGCCGAAACGACGGUAUUUACAUUAUCAAUCUUGGAAAGACAUGGGAGAAGCUUCAAAUGGCUGCUAGGGUAAUCGUUGCUAUCGAGAACCCACAGGACAUCAUUGUUCAAUCUGCUAGGCCAUACGGUCAGAGAGCUGUGCUCAAGUUCGCGCAAUAUACCGGUGCUCACGCCAUUGCUGGUCGCCACACACCUGGUACAUUCACUAACCAGCUCCAGACCUCUUUCAGUGAGCCACGACUCCUCAUAUUGACUGACCCACGAACCGAUCACCAGCCCAUUAAGGAAGCUGCCUUAGGAAACAUACCGACAAUCGCUUUCUGUGACACCGACUCACCUAUGAGAUACGUUGAUAUCGGUAUCCCCGCUAACAACAAAGGGAAACACAGCAUUGGUUGUUUGUUUUGGCUUCUAGCCCGAAUGGUUCUUCAGAUGCGGGGUGUGAUCAAUCAAGGACAUAAGUGGGAUGUCAUGGUUGAUUUGUUUUUCUACAGAGAACCAGAGGAGGUUAAGGAGGAAGAGGAUGAAACCGCUGUCGUGGAUUACAAAGAUUAUGGAGCUGGUGCUAUUGGAAUGGAUGAUCAAUGGUCGUCGCAGAUUCCUGAUGCCCAAUGGGGCGGUGAUGUGGCUCAACCGCCAAUUGCUGGUGCCCCUGUAGCUGCAGCUGAUUGGGGUGCUGCUGAUGCUCCGAUUGCUGGUGGUGCUGAUGGAUGGGAAGCUGUGGCGGCACCUGUACCAACAGCUGAAGGUGGUGCUGCAACUGGCUGGGAUUAAACUUAACCUUUCUCAAGUUUGAUGUUUGUUUUUUAAAUUUUUAUCUAAGAUCAUAUAGGAUGUCUAAGGGACAAAUUUAAGUUUGUGACAGGAUGCAGAAUUUUGUUUUCUUAAUACCAGGAAUUUAUUAUGUUGUUUUAUUGAGGUGGAUGUGGAUAUUGCUUUGAA